AUGCCGCCUCGAUCAUCUUUGACGUCGUCCUUCUCUAUCACAGACUCCAACAAUGAGGUAGUCUGCCCUCUUCGCAACCAGGAUGGCUCCAGCUGUCGCAAGAGAUGCAUUGGUGAAAAAAGAUAUCGUUCCAUGCAGGAGCAUAUCCGCCGCGCACACCCCGAGCAUUACAUCUCGAAGCUUCCAGCCACAGAAGAGAGCUUCUUGUUGAUGAUUAACACUCCACCAUCGGAGCGACGCCCUUUAGAUCAGACCUCAGCUCCAAAUGCUCAGGGUUUGUCCCGCUCUCAUUCCAGCCUGCCCCCGCCCAUUGACCACCUUCAAGGCUUUCACGAGCGACACAACUAUCAUCGCGACGAAUCGAGUAAUCCAGGCACUCCGCGCCUUCUAGAUGAUUUCAGUAAUGGCGGGCCGGUUUCUGGCCCAAUGCUUGGCACAGCCAGUGCCGCUGCUGCCCUAGCCGAACUUCAUGGCGUCAAGAGUGAACGCGACAUGGAUUUGGACGGUGAAUAUUAUUCAGACAUGGAUGUUCGACGUAGGCCACGGACAUCCAUCGAACUGCCGCCUCUCAAUCUUUCCAAUCAUGAUAUUACUAGCGACCCUUAUUCAUCUGCCAAAUCUAAUAGACAGCGCGACUUUCUCCCUUCCAUUCUGGCAAACUCACCACCUGGAAGAUCCUCAACACUCCCACCUCUUCAGCGUUCUGUGGGACCUAACCGACCUCGCAAGCAGUCUGUUACAAAGCGAGGAAGAGAGCCUCACCAUAAAAAGAAGAACUCUAAAGGUUCUGCAACUGACUGGCUACGCCGAAUUCAAAAUGAAGAGCGAUAUAGACCAGGUAAUGAUCGGAAGGCUUUGUCAGCAGAACCAUCCGCAGACUUCGGGAAACGGUGGGAAGAUCUUAUCGAUGCAGCUGAUCAAGCUGCUUCUGCUGCUGGCGAUAUUGACGAAGACCGUACUCCUGUCCCUCAGUCUCCUGUUUCAAUGCAUAGAUCAUCGUUACCGCCAUUUUCCCACCAACCUCAGUUCCAGCCGGCCAGUUAUCAGGCUUCGCCUCUUCAGCAGGCACUCACGCCUCCAUCAUAUGGUCAGGAUGCUGUAGAGCCAUUUCCAUCUGUAGAGAGUGGUGAAAGCGGCGACAACUUUCAUAUGGGAACCCGGGGGCUUUCUGAUUCGUCACCAACAUAUUCGGCCCAGAAUAUUCAGAUAUACUGCGCUGCCUGUCAGGGAUUCUCUCUACUCAAGGAUUCGUAUGCAUGUACCGAAUGUAUCUGUGGCCUGUGCCCAACUUGUGUGGAGGUUCUCAUGACAGAGCAUGGAGCAAGAAGGAAGUGUCCCCGCUGUGCUACAAUUGGCGGGCGGUUCAAGCCUUUCCAGCUCGACAUUAGAUAA